AUGUCGACUGUUACCAACAUUGUGCCCAAGGGAUUUAGGUUUCAUCCCAAGGAUCGUGAGUUGGUGAACGACUACCUCUGCAGCAAGGUGAAUGGAGAAGAGUCGGUGGAUUCAACGCUGAUCUAUAAGUUGCCGGAGGUCGACGUCAAUGCGGAGGAGCCUUGGGAGAUUUGGGAAAAUUUUGGACCGGAAGACGACGAUGAAUCCUUGUAUUUCUUUGCAGUCACCAAGAAGUUGAACCCUAAUGGUAAAAGAAUUGAUCGCAGGACGAAAUCUGGAUUGGGGACAUGGAGUGAGGGAGAAAGAUCUAAACCGAUAAAUGAUGUGAAGGGAAACCCAAUUGGGACAAAGAGGAAAUUCCGGUGGGAGAGUGAUCGUUCUGUGCAUCAUGCUGCUUGGCAAAUGGAGGAGUACAGCAGUAGUUUUUCUCCCCAUUGGGUGAUUUGUAAUCUCAGAAAGAACAAGCGCUCAUCUGAAGCAAACAAGAGAAAUGAGACAUCAAGAUCGACAAGGGUGAAGUGCACUGAGCCGAAGAAAAGAAGAGUGGAGCAUCAAGUAGUGGAAAACACUUCGGUGAAUAUGUCCGGUAAUAACAAUGAUCAUCUAUCAGCAGAGAUGGAGUACAUUAUGCCCAACAACAAUUACGACUACUAUGGGGAGGAUUUGCAGCAAUAUUCAACUGAUACUACGAGUUGUACCAAUGUUGCCACAAACUUAGACUUCGUUGCGGGUCAUGGUCAUGAUAAUGUCAUUCAGAUCAAUGAUGCAGAAGGAGACGAUACUAACUACUGGGACAAUCUGUUGAGUUCCUUACUAGCAGACUAA